AUAAAGCCCAAGAGAAAUAGUACCCCACAAUAUUAUUUUCUACAUAAAAGAAGAGCUUUUGGACAGGGAAAGGAUUUCCCACUACUUUCUGUUAUUAAAGAAGUAAAAAGGUUUCAAUACAAAGCGAGCUUUUAAAGACAGGGGAAGCAGAGGAGUGACAGAGAGAGGGAGGGAGAGGAAUCAAUGAAGAUUGAGAGAAUUUCUCUUUUCCUUCUUUUGAUGUUGCUUGUCUUCUCAAUCUUGCAAAGACCCAUCUUUGCUAGCAGAAAGUCUUAUAUUGUGUACCUUGGAGGACAUUCUCAUGGUCCGUCAGCUUCUUGGAUUGAUUACAAGCGAGUGACAGAUUCUCAUUAUGAGUUUCUGGGAUCUUUCUUGGGAAGUAAGGAAAAGGCGAAAGGCAUGAUCUUUUACUCCUACACGAGACACAUCAAUGGUUUUGCUGCAAAUCUCAAAGACGAAGAAGCAACAGAGAUAUCGAAACACCCGAAAGUCAUAUCGGUUUUCUUAAACCAAGGAAUGAAAUUACACACGACUCGGUCGUGGAAUUUUCUUGGACUAGAAAGAGACGGUGUAAUUCCUGCAAAAUCGAUAUGGCGAAAAGCUAGAUUUGGAGAAGAUGCAAUCAUUGGGAAUCUUGACUCUGGAGUGUGGCCAGAAUCAGAGAGCUUUAACGAUGAUGGAAUGGGACCAAUUCCAUCAAGAUGGAAAGGAAUCUGUCAAAAUGGUGCCCAAGACGGAGUUCGCUGUAACAGGAAGCUGAUCGGGGCCAGAUACUUCAAUAAAGGGUAUAAGGCUUCUGGGGGAGUAGUCAACGCGUCCACAUCCACCGCACGUGACAUCGAAGGCCAUGGGACCCACACUCUAUCAACGGCUGGUGGUGGCUUUGUCCCCAAUGCGAAUAUCUACGGUUAUGCUAAUGGGACAGCGAAGGGUGGGUCCCCUAAUGCCCGUGUGGCCGCUUACAAGGUAUGCUGGGAGCCAAUCCAUGGCUACCAAUGCUUCGGUGCAGAUAUCAUAGCCGCAUUCGACAUGGCCAUACAUGAUGGGGUUGAUGUGCUGUCUAUAUCGCUUAGUGCGGCCUCCGGUACAGACUAUUUGAGUGAUGGCGUGGCCAUCGGAUCAUUCCACGCCGUUAAAAAUGGGAUCGUGGUCGUUUGUUCGGCGGGGAAUGGAGGGCCCACUCAAGGGACGGUCUCCAACACAGCACCGUGGAUCUUGACGGUGGGGGCCAGUACCAUGGACAGGGAGUUCCCAUCUUACGUUCGGCUUGGGAACAACAGGCACUACAAGGGACAAAGCCUCUCGAGCAAAGUCCUACCAGAGAAGUUCUAUCCUCUGAUCAGCUCCGUCGAUUGUAAGGCCGCCAAUGCAUCGAGUCAACAAGCACAACUGUGUUACAUUGGAUCCCUUGAUCCUAAGAAGGUGAAAGGAAAGAUCGUGGCUUGUCUUCGUGGUGGUAAUUAUAGAGAGGAGAAGGGUGAGGCGGUCCGUCGAUCCGGCGGGGCAGGGAUGAUCCUGGCCAAUGAUCCAGCCAGCGGAAAUGAAAUCGCUGCGGAUGCCCACUUCCUCCCGGCCCUACACAUCUCAGCCAUUGAUGGUCUUGCUGUAUUUGCCUACAUAAAUUCAACAAAGAAGCCUGUGGCGUACAUCACGGGUCCCACGACAAAUCUCAACACGAAACCUGCACCGUUCAUGACCGCCUUCUCAUCUCAAGGCCCCAAUCCCAUCACGCCCUAUAUCCUAAAGCCGGAUAUUACGGCACCAGGGUUGAAUGUUCUUGCUGCGUAUAGUGGAGCAUCGAGCCCAACGACCCUGGCUUUUGAUUCACGUCGGGUCCUUUUCAGCGUAAUAUCUGGAACGUCCAUGUCAUGUCCUCAUGUUUCUGGCAUUGUGGGCCUUCUCAAGACGAUCCAUCCCGAUUGGAGCCCGGCAGCAAUUAGAUCUGCAAUCAUGACCACUGCGACGAUUCGAGAUAACAUGGGAGAGCUCAUAACCAAUUCCUCCCUCAUCAAGGCCACACCUUUCAGCUAUGGCGCGGGCCAUGUCCGGCCUACUCAUGCAAUGGACCCUGGGCUCGUCUAUGACCUGACCACCAACGACUACAUCCACUUCCUAUGCGCCCAUGGCUACAAUGCAGCCCAAAUAGCAAUGCUUACAGACCACUCUUACUUGUGCCACCCCACCAACAAGUCCAGCAUCCUGGAUCUCAACUACCCUUCCAUUGCGGUCCCUUAUCUCACCACCUCUAUGACCAUUAAGCGAACGGUCAAGAACGUCGGCUCGCCGGGCACUUACACGGUCCAUGUUAAUGCACCUCGUGGAGUAUCAGUGUCGGUCGAGCCGGGUAGUCUGAUUUUUGGAAGGAUAGGAGAAGAGAAGACGUUUACAGUUAAGCUAACGCCUAAAAGGCGUUUGGGCACUGAUUAUGUUUUUGGGAGGAUGAUAUGGUCCGAUGGUGUGCACCAUGUGAGGAGUCCCAUUGCAGUCUCAUCUAAAGACAUGUAAACCAAAAGGGUUUGGUCUUUUGGGCUUGAUGACUCGAGCCGUGGUUCGAACAUGUAAGGGUGGUAGUUAGGUUGCUAGGUUUAUUUUGCUAGUGUGAGCGCUUGGCUACUUAGGAUUGCGUCAACUCUACUUAUCUGCUCAUGACAUUCUCACAAAUGAAGUGAUAAAGAACCUCCAUGUACCAUACAAGGGCAUGAAACAUUGGAUUUGAAGUUACUACGAUCAAGCUAUCACUAUAUACUACU